AUGGAACCGUCCAGUAAAAAGCGGAAGCUGGCUCCCAAGGUCAACACCUCUGUGGCUCCCAACCCUCAGCCUGCUGCGCAGUAUUCCCACGAAACGCCGCCACAACAACAGCCUUACCCCGUACACGAUGCUCCGGUUGCCGAACGACAAGACUUCGAGGCCUUUGCGCGUCAUCUGCAGGAUGCGGCCAUGCUGAUACAGCGCCAGACGGAGCGCCCGCCUCACAGCGACGUCUCCGUCUUGCUGCUGAGCUGGGAAGAGGAUCGGACAGUGGACGAGGACGUUGCCGCGGUAGAACAGGUCAUGCAGAAGCAGUACGGCUUCACCACGCAGCGCUGGCAGAUCCCCACCGUCCCAAACCCAAGCAUCAAGCUCGGCGUCCAAAUGGCGUCCUUUCUCGAAAACGCAAGGCCCAACCACCUCCUCAUUAUAUACUACGCUGGCCACGGAUAUGCCGGCCCCGAUGGCCAGCUGUAUUGGGCCUGCAAUGCGCGCGAGGAUGCUGCCAAACUUAAAUGGGAUGGUGUACGGUGCUUGUUCGAAGAUGCCCAGUCCGACAUUCUCCUGCUUCUGGAUACAUGUGCCGACCCCGAACCCGCAGCUGCGGGCAGCCACGGUAUGAAGCAGGCCAUUGCGGCCUGCUCUCGAGAGCACAAGGCCCGACAAGAACCUGGACAACGCUCCUUUAGCUCUUUCCUGGUAGAAGCGCUUCGCAAGCUGAGCGCGGGACAGCAGCCUUUCAAUGUCCAGCGGCUUUACGACGAGACUCGUGCCCUGAAGCAGCAGCAACGUGCAAAGAGCCCAACUCCCGCAAGUGGCGCAACAGCUUCCGCCUCGCCCAUCAUGCCCAUAUUCUUCACCCUGACUCCCGGCAAAGGGCAAAACUUGGUACUGGCGUCCAUGGUCGGCAGGACGCCCCUGCCUCCCCUGAAUGGCGUAGAUGCGCCAGAUGGGCAGAGUAGUCGCGCUCGUGAAGACCAUCUCAUCGACCCGGAUUCCGUAGCUGACAUCAGGUUUGAAGAGCCCCGGAUAUUGGUUUGCACAACAUUUGUCGGGGAUGCAAGUCCGGACAUGUCCUACUUUCACCAGUGGCUACAGAACAAGCCGACCCUGGGCGCUACCAUCGCUGUCGAGGGCAUGUUCCUUGGGCCGCCUACAAUGCUUCUCAUCUCCAUGCCCCACUCCAUAUGGAAUGUCGUCCAGCACGAUAAGGUCUGCUGCUUCUUGGGCUACAUUAGCUCUCACAACAUGAUUCAUCUGUAUGAAAAGCUGGUUGGGCCUGCCGGUAUCCGUCCCUCUGCCAAAGAAGUAGAGGACGGCCGUAUUCUGCUGGAAGCCAGGGAGCUGGCGGCGGGAACGCCUUCGCGAGCUCGGCGGGAUCCCGACCCCUAUCUACACGCGGCAGCUCGAGAUGGCCUCGAGUACAGGUCGCAAAGUAGUCCAUCCGGGGCCGCCUACACUCCAGCCCCCCCUCGAGCUAUCGCUCCAAUCAAGCCAAAGGACGAGGUUGAAGAUUCCGCAGAGAUGCAAGAAGCCGCAGAGCAGCUCAAGGCUCUCAGUCAUGUUCGACCCAGAAGUGAUGAUGGCCCUCCGGCUGCCCCCAUUCCAGCUCCUCCUGCUGCUGCCACUGCGCCUCCCCCCGUGCGACACCGAACGACGCUUCCAGAUGGCAUCCCUGAAUCGAGGCACAUUGAGCCAAACAUUCCACGCGACGUCAAUGAUUCUGGAGUCGGCGAUGCCAUGGCACUAGACUCGACCCCAUUGCGUAUGAAGGCACCUCGACGGUCCCUCCCCAAGCAGGAAACUAGAUGUGAUCACUGUACUCAUGCGCCUUUUAAAGAUUCCUCGUCUCUUCGGAAACACAUUGCGGCAGCCCAUACCCGACCGUUUCCCUGCGCCUUUUCCUUUGCCGGCUGCGCCAGUACCUUUGGAUCCAAAAAUGAAUGGAAGCGCCACAUUGCCUCGCAGCACCUCUGCUUGACGUACUAUUGCUGUUCGGCUUGCCCGCAGAGCUCGGCAGAAGGCAAGGGCAAUGAGUUCAACCGAAAGGAUCUCUUCACGCAGCAUCUCCGCCGAAUGCACGCCCCGUUCCAGAUCAAAAGAACCAUUGCCAAGGGCGACAGCAAGCUGCAGGCCGAAUGGGAUGCGCACGUCAAAGACAUGCAGCAGUCCUGCCUAGUUACCAGGCGACAUCCCCCACAGAAGUCAGCUUGUCCCCGGAAAGAGUGUAACGCCCUUUUCGAGGGACCAACGUCUUGGGAUGAGUGGACGGAGCACGUUGGGCGGCACAUGGAGAAGGGCGAGGGCCAGCGGCUGGGCAUUGACAAGUUGCUGGCGGAAUGGGCUCUUGACGAGGGCAUCAUCGAGCUGAAGAGCGAUGGCGAGUAUCGCUUGUGCGCCACAAACGGCGUCCUCGCCGGUGGCAGCAACGGCAGCCACAAGGAGUCCAAUGUCUCUCUGGCGGAAAAUGCGUCUUCGGCGGAUGAGACCCAAGCCGUGGAAGUCAAGUCGACGGAUGACAUGGAAAUGGCAGAAGGAUGA